AUGCAAGCUAAGAGGGACAUUGCUAUUGAAAUGGAAAUGAUGAUAGAUAGCACGGAACAUUUAACUAAUUUAAGGGGGGAUUCACAUAAGGAUUAAAUAACUGAUUUGGAUGUGGAGAACUAAAGUAUGAAUCGAAAAGCGAGUUAGAUUGACUUGGAGUUCUAGAAGCUUUUGUGUUCAUUGAUGGAGUCUAAAUUAAGUGAGAAUACAAUUUCGUAAGUAAGUGCUUCUAUCUAAUCAUAGGUUCUUGACUUGUUAAAGAGAUUAACUGGUUCUCUGAUUAUGGAGAUUCCUAAAGGACCUUAGAUUAUUUAAAGCCUUUACUUAAUCAUAUUAAAAUUUUCCCUUCUGUCCAUUGUCGAGUGUAAUAGCGAGGAUCAAAAAGUUAAUAAAGAGAGUGAAUAAGUUGUUGUUGAGGAGGUUGAAUUGGUUUCAAGAAUCGAAGGAUAUCCAAAUAAAAAAGGAAUCAGCAUUUCAUUUAUACAAAUCUGA